CAAGAAUACAUUCAGUAACUCAACUUCAAAAUGUUUGGAAGAGUAACUCUUACAAGCGUUCUGCUUGUCGGUGCCCUGGCGGCGACCGUCAAUGCACAGUUUGGAAAUAUGUUUGAGCAGUUUAUGGGUGGCCAACAGCAACGACAGCAUCAUCAAGCUCCACAGAAUGUUGCAAGCGACUCAGCUUGGUAUCAACAGACAUACGGCAAUGCCCAUUGCAGCAAUUACCUCUGUCCAGGGACACUAUCAUGUGUGUCCGUUCCCCACCACUGCCCAUGUCAAUUCCCGGCGGUAGAGGAUAAAUUUGAGUUGGGCGAUGGAUCAGCAAUUUGCGUGUCGAAGGGCGGCUUCAAGGCGAAUGAGGCUGCUCGGAAAGUCGAGUUGGCAAGGAAGGGGCUGUUAUAAAAGACAAUACGAUACGAUAUAUGGCGUUUGGGAUACCACAUUGCGAAAUAUGGAUGCGGGAAUUAUGAAUCUACAUAUGAUUGCUCAUGCACGACAAGGACUUCAAAGUGGUCAUCUGGAUCAUUGAUACUUUGCCAGGCUAGUUCAUCUUUUUUAACACGUCCAGAGUUACAGAGACGAAUAAGACAAAGUCUGAAAGGCGG